UGUUCUACCAUCAUAAUGAUUCACAAUGUUGUAAUAGGACAGAUGAUAGUUAUUGUGCUGUCUGAGAUAUGUCUACUAUUCUCUGUUGUAUCUUAUAUAAAAAUAUAUAUCGAAAUCAGAGAUUUAGACAUCUAUAGAUCACUCAGCACGGCGAGAUAUUCCGCAGACAAUAACCAAGUGAGCAUUGGAAUAGAAAGAAAUCAACAUUGUCGUCGAGUUGCUGAAUUUCAAGAGUCUGGUCUAACAAAUGUCCCAAUAAUUUUGUGGAUUAUCGUCGUUAUAACUGUAAUGCCAUACAUGUUGGUGAUGCAGGGUUUUUUGAUGCGUGAAAUACUCUGUUCUUACUGUGGUUUUACAAAAUUUGCAACCUACGUUAUCGAAGGACUGUAUCCAAUAAAAAUACUAAACUUUGAACUAACACCAUUCGUCUAUGCCUGGCAAUUGCCUAAGUUUCGCAAAAUGUUCAAGAAAACUUUUUGUGAUUUCUUUAUCUGCAGAUUAGUAUCGAGAAACAUCUAUCCUCCAACUACAAUAGCCCUAAGUAGUUCCACUACAACAGAUGACAGUGAUGCCUUGACGCCUUGCUCUGGCAGUCCCGGAAUAAUUACCACCCCCGAAAUAAUUACCACUCCUUUGGAAGAAGAUUAUACUGACAGUUUAACAUGUGUUUGCACAAAAAGAUCUUCAAGUUCAACAGCAACUUACACUGAUAGUUCUACAGCAUCGUUUGGCACUUGCAGUUCAAAUACAAUGGCUGGCACUGGUAGUCCCACUGAAAUGGUUGGCACUGGUGGUCCCACUGAAAUGGCUGGCACUUGUGGUCCCACUGAAAUGGCUGGCACUGGUAGUCCCACUGAAAUGGCUGGCACUGGUAGUCCCACUGAAAUGGCUGGCACUGGUAGUCCCACUGAAAUGGACGGCAGUGGUGGUUCAAGUGCAAUACCUGCCACUGUUUGUUCUUUUGCAAUAUAUCAUGACCAUCUUGCUAUAGAUGACAAUGUUAAUUCUACAUUAGCAUGAUUUGUUUAAGCUGAUUGCAAGUCCAAGAAGUUUAAUGUUUUAUUCUACCUUCGACCUUUCGAGUUUUGAUAUCAUUAUUUAUUUCUUGUCUUAGAAAAACGCUUAGUAAACUAUCAUAAUGCGACUUGGUAUUAUCGAAACUUUGGUUAAAUUAUAGAAAAUCUAU